AUGGACGACUCGACCUCGACGCCCUCCCAGCAGCAGAAACGCCCUCGUGUGGCUGAAGAAAAUCGAAAGCGAGCUGUCCGAGCAUGCGAUGGCUGCCGCCGAGUGAAGGAGAAAUGUGAAGGUGGCGUGCCCUGUCGGAGAUGUUCGCGAUAUCGCCGCCAAUGCAAUUUUACCCACAUUGACCCUCACGAAAAGGCGCGGUCAACUUCGGUUUCACUCCUGGACCGAGCAGCCGCCCAGAAUCGCAAUGAAAUCGCCGAAGCCGAACGAGUGCGUUUGAUGGAACGACUACUCUCCCACUAUAUGCCCAAUACUACUUUUGACAUCCAGUCACUGCGCCAGGCUGCGGAAGAGCUAAAAAGCAAACACCGCGAUUCUGAAUCCGAUGCAAUCUCCGCCAGGGAGGACCCCAAUGAAAUGGAGGAUCUUGCAAUUGACGAUGAGCAUUUCACUAUCAAGGCCAUGCCUGAUAACACAACCCAAUAUUCUGGUGAAUUUUCAUAUCUAAAUUUUACUAUGAAGAUUCGCAAAAAGAUUGAUGAGUGGAUGAAGACAGCGGCACCAGAUGCAACUUCCGAAGUUGAGCCCUUUGAGGAACGAUGGCGAAGUACACAACUUCAGUCUGCGUCCCCUGCUGUAUCAGCUUCAAUUACAUGUCUCCCACCAAGAUAUGUGGCCGACUUCCUGGUCCAGAUUUUCUUUAAAUACGCCCAGACCAACAAUUUCUAUAUCGAAGAAGAUUGGCUAGUUGAGAAAUUGAGCGUAUGCUAUACGGACCCUGAUAGUCUAUCAUUUGAUGAUGCAGGGGCGGUCUGCUGUAUCCUCAUGGUACUCGCUGUGGGUACGCAAUUUGCACACAUGGAGUCAUCAACUCCCAUGAAUCGCUUGCCUUCUGGUACUACGGCGAACCAGGACCAUCAUUUCUCGGAGGAUGAGGUUGGUCUUACCUUCUACCAAUUCGCCUCAAAGCUCUUGCCAGACAUCAUUGCCACUGCGUCCGUUCGCAGUGUGCAGGCUUGUCUGCUUAUUGGAACAUAUUUGCUCCCAUUGGAUACAUCUGGCUUGUGCUACACGUACUUCGGUCUAGCACUAAAACUAGCCAUCCAAAACGGAAUGCAUCGCAGAUACCACGGUGAAGGCCUCUCUCCGCGCAUGAUUGAGGUGCGGAACCGGGUUUUCUGGACAUCUUUUACCAUUGAGAAGCGGAUCAGCAUUCUGCAUGGCAGACCUUCGUCCUUGUCGGAUCCCGACGUUGAUGGGCCUCUGCCUGUCGACUUCCCUGGACUCAUGCCCGCAUCUCAAAUCUCAAAUCACACUAAUAUGGUAGCUUUGAUUACAUUGACUUUGAAGCUUGGACAGGUUUCUCAGGAGAUUACAUCUUUGCGAACAUAUCGUAAAGAAGAACAACAGGACUGUCUUGAACGACUUCUCAAUCUGCGGAAACAUCUGGUCGAUUGGUGGUCCACUCUACCAGAGGAAAUCACAUGUCGUGAUCUGAACCCCAGCGGACCUCUAUUCAGGUCCAACGUACAUCUCAAGUUGGAUUACUGUCUUACAAGGGUGUUUAUCGGACGGCCAUUCCUUUUCAGCAACAUCAAAGGCCUGUCUCAAACUCCUUCUCAGGCUACACCUUUCAAGGGGGCGUCUGGAUUGGCGAAGAACCGCGCAACUCUCGUAACAGAUUGCGUGGAGGCGGCUUUGGAAAUCAUUGAUUUGUGCCGCUUAUUGCGUGAUGAGACAGGUCUCGCGAGAGCCUCUUUCACGGAGUUCAGCUCGUGCCGAGCAGCCUUGCUAGUGAUCCUGGCACAAGGUCUCACCAAACGGACUGAACGUCUCGGUGCGGCCCUUGAACAGGGUAUCUCUUUGAUUAAGAUCAUGUCCAUGGGUGUGGGGUCGGCCCGUUCGGCCGUGAGUGUGAUUGAAGCACUUGAGCGUGCCAUUCGGCGCUUGGAGGCUUGGUCCGAAACACAGCCGGAAAUGAGCAACGGGAUUCAAGAACUGGGAGAUGCUAUGGAAGGCCGGUCCCAUAUCUCCCUCCACGCUCGCCUGGCAACAACAGGAAGCCUAUUCCAACGAGCAAAAAAUGGCAUCCGGCAUCCCCCUCAACCUCCUGUGGUGCCAGGCCAUGCCAAUCUCAUGCCCGGUACACCUAUGACACCCGCCUCAGCAGCAAUGCUUCACGCAAGCGGAGCUAUGCCGACCCCCGGUGCGCCCGAUCAUGAGUUGGCCGAAGGGGAUGUUCCAGGUAGCGCGCUCUCGGACCCCUUCUCCAUGUCUCAGCAAUCUCUCUCGCACAUGCCACAUUUCGGAUUCGAUCAUUUCGUUUCGAACUUCCCUCAAGAGCUUGGCGAAUUCACUGCCAUUCCUAUUUUCGAGCCAGACGCUCAGGGCCAGCCCAAUGGAAUGGGCGGCCCCGAAAUGAGGACACCUGGAAGUGCCUCUGAUCCUCAUUGGCUGCAAUUCAUGAGAGAGUGA